AUGGCGCAGGGCGGGCCGCGGGCGUGCGGUGCCCACGCGGGGCGGCCGCUGGAGCUGUUCUGCGAGGACUGCGGGCGCUGCGUGUGCGCCCUGUGCCCGGCCCUGGGCGCGCACCGCGGGCACCGCGCCUGCCUCCUGCCCCACGCCGUGCGCCGCACGCAGGAACUCAUGGCAUCGUGCUUGAGGGAUUUAGAAGAGAGAAAAGAGCAAGAAGCUGGUAACAGAAGGAGUGUAGAGCUGGCUGUGAAUGAUGUGAAGGCACAUGCCAGCAUGAUCAAAAGGCAGCUAUCAGAAAAAGUGACCGAGCUCCAGCUACUUCUUCAGGAAGAAGAGAGUCUGGCAAAAAGCUUCAUUGAUGAAAAGGCCCAGCAAGCCCUGGGAGCACAUGCUCAGCAGCUGGAGUCCUGUCAAGAACAGCUUGCAGCCCUAGAGACCUUCUCAUGUCGGAUCAGACAAAUACAACAGGACAGUGAUCCUAUUCAGUUGCUAGAGAAGUACACAGAAAUCGAGAAGGAAAUGAAGGAAUCGAGGCAGCUGAGAGAACAGUGGCAUCCGGUACCUCUCUCGUUUGAACACAUACUUUAACAUUAUAAGCACUUCUUCAGACUUCUUGAGUCCAUUCUGCAGAAACCAUUAGAAGCCCGGCUUAAAGAAGAUGUUUUCAGCAGCCUUGAUGCCACUGCAAAGAAGGAACCUGGAACAGUGUUGAAAACCAUGACUCCUGUUGAUCGUUUGCUUUUCUUAAAACAUGCAAGAUCACCAACCUGGGAAUACGACAGCAUUCACCCAAGGCUGAAAUUGUCUGAUGACCGUCUGGAAGUAAGCUGCAGCUGGAGGAGGAUAUUCUACCCCUGUGGCCCCCAGAGGUUCGAUAAAUUAUGGCAAGCGCUAAGCAGAGACGCAUUUCUGUCUGGGAGCCAUUACUGGGAAGUUGACCUGCUUCAUGCUGGAGUAGGAUGGUGGAUUGGUGCAGCCUACCCUUCCAUUGGCAGGAAGGGAGACUCUGAAACCUGCCGGCUGGGCUGGAACAGAGCAUCUUGGUGCCUUAAGAAGUUUGAAUUUGAAUACUGGGCAUUUCACAAGGGGGAGAGAAUCCCCAUCUUCAUAGAGGAUGACCCUGAUCGUAUUGGCAUUUUUCUGGAUUACGAAGCAGGAAUCCUUUCAUUCUACAAUGUCAGUGAUGGAAUGGCUCAUUUGCACACCUUCCACUGCAAGUUCACAGAACCAGUUUAUCCAGCCUUGAGACUCUGGGAAGGGUCCAUUAGAACAUGCAAAAUACCAUAAGGAAGGAAGCAAAAAAAAAAAAAAAAAGCAGCCUACUAUUUUAUGCUUUUUCUGUGAAAACCACUUUAGCAAUUAUCUACAUGAAUUAAUCUCUGUUGUAGGAAAGUUGUAACUAGUUGCUUUUAGAAGGUAAAUUCAAGAAAACCAACUGUAAUUUCUAAUGUCUCUGUCAGUGGGGGAAGGUAAUAUGGCUCUUAUAAAUGGUGUUGCCAUACCACCCAAAGUGCCAUAUGUAAUAUUUUUGUACUUUUUUCAACUUGCAAAAUGGAAAAAAAUCUAGUGGAAAGAAGCAUAUUACAGCUCAGACUGGAAUGGGGAUAUUGACAUAUUUUUUUAUGAAGUUCCUCCCCUCAUCUGUCUGGAGAGGCUGCAGUUGUGUAUGGUAAUAGGUUUAGCUUGGUUCAAGCUCAAGUUUAUAUAUUGUAUACUGUUAUAGUUGACAAAGUCAGAUUUGGAUAAUAAAAGCACUAAGUGAAUUAGCU